AUGUACCCCACCCUCACAGCACGACAUCCAGGAACACCUCUCAGCCACGAUGAGGCAGUAAACCGUAAGGAGGACAUUGUAUUAAUAGUUGAAAAAUGUUUAAAAAAUGGUAUAAAAGCAAUGUUAAUUGGCUCUGUGCUUUCCUGGCUUGCGUCUCUGGAAGACAAUCCUUUAUUCAACUGUGGCUAUGGUUCAAAUCCUACAAUGGAUGGUUCUGUAGAAUGCGAAGCUGGUUUCAUGUCAUCGGACGGACUGCGAUUUGGUGGAGUGGGAGUAGUUUCGCGUUUGAAAAAUCCCAGCAAAGUAGCGAAGGCGAUUGCUUAUGCCGGUAACAGUAGUGGUCUGGUCUCGCCAAUGGUUUUGGUAGGAUCAGGAGCGGAAAAGUGGGCGGAGAAGAGAGGUUUCACAUUGAAUGAUCCAAAUACGUUAGCUGGAAUAAAAACAGAUGAAAUUUGGAAAAAGGCACUUGAUGCUGCCGGAAAAGAAGAUAUGGCAGAGGCCUGUACAUCUAGUGGUGGUCUCAUACUUAAAUCACCUGGACGUCUUGGACAUUGCACAAUUUUUGGGAGCGGUUUAUGGGCGGAGAAAAGAGGAAAUACGUGUAUUGGAGUGACUGUAAGUGGAUGUGGUGAAGCCAUAGUAAGAGCUGAUUUUUGUCGAUCACUAUCGAAACGUCUUUUUGCUAGAGAUCCAGAUGAGCUUCCUGCUGAAGUAAUUCGAACAUUUUUUGAGCAUGAAUUUCUGGAUUUGGUUCUGAUGUCGACUAUAGCCGCUAAUCGUCUAUAUGUUGGUGGAUUAGUGCUUCUAAGAGAAGAAGACAAACGCUAUGAACUGAUUGUCUUCCAUAACACUCCUGUGCUUCCGUUCGCUUAUCGGAAGGGUUCGAUUAUUAGGAGAAGUUUGUCUCAGUUACCUCCAGGGUGUAAAAUCCUUGUGGAAUCUUAUAUGUGUUGA